AUGGCGGAUCUGGAUCGAAUAAAACACAAAACCAAACGCCUGUCUAGGAGGAGAAAGAGAAAGGGGGAAGAGAGAGAGAGAAGAGAGAGAGAGAGAGAGAGAGUCCCGUUUGAUCUCGUUAUCGAGAUACUCACGAGAUUGCCGGCGAAGUCUGUAGCGAGAUUUCGUUGCUUGUCCAAGGUAUGUGCUUCCACACUUAGCAAUCCAGUUUUCAUUGAUUCGUUCUCCACCAUAUCUUCGUCUCGCCCGAAGCUAUUGUUCACGUGCCCUAAAGACGGCAAAACGUUCUUCUUCUCAUCACCAAAGCCUCGUGAUUCGUCUCCUUUAGCGGUCGAUUUUCAAACGAGUUUUCCAAUUAAUCGUCCCUUUGACAUUUGUCGUCCUGUUUGUGGCUUCGUAUAUGGUUUCAACAUUCAUAAGACUAAGGGAAGGACAGUUUCUGUGCCACUGAUAUGUAACCCUAGCAAAGGAAAAUCCUGGACCUUACCAAGAGUCAAGACUAACAGAACUAUAAUCACAAGCUAUUUUGGGUAUGAUCCGAUCUGUUAGGAUAAAGAGUUCAAAUUAUUGUGUAUGACCCGAUCAAAAUUUGGAUUCUUUGAGGAGCAUCAAGUUCUGACCUUAGCAACCGGAAAAAAACUGUCAUGGAGGAAGAUCGAAUGUGACAUGGCACAUUCUCCUUGUCCUUGUCCUGUGGAGGGUGAAGCUGGUCAUAAUUAUCCUCUAUAUGAUGGGAUUUGCAUCAAUGGUGUUUUGUAUUACUUAGGCAUGGUCUUUGACGGGUUUCCUGAUAUAAUUUGCUUUGAUAUUAAAUCUGAAAAGUUUAGUUAUGCAAAGAAAGCUCAUGGCAUGGAACUUAACUCGGGAUCGAAGCUUCAACCAACUUUGGUAAACUACAAGGGUAAAAUAGCUAAAUUCCAGCCGAACUUUAACCCUGACUAUACACUUAUAACAGGGAUUCAACUAUGGGUUUUAGAAGAUGCCGAGAAACACCAAUGGUCGAGCUAUAUCUACGUAAUGCCCCCUCCUUGGAAGGAUAUAAUUGAAGAGACCAAGUUACGGUUUGUUGGAGCAAGUGACACAGGUGAAAUUGUGUUGUCGCCAUACAAUAUAUCCGAAUCCGACUCUUCGUACCUUCUCUACUAUGACCCCGAGAGGAACACUAUGACUAGAGUUGGGAUCCAAGGAAUGGAAGCUUUGAAGUCUCAUAAAGCUUACGCCUUUCUAGAUCAUGUAAAGAACAUAUCGUAA